CAAACAUGGCUUCUCUGGUUUUGCAGCCAAGCUAACAGAGACUCAAGCACAAAUGAUUUCAGAGAAUGAAUUUGAAAGCGGAAGGCACCAUGAAACAUAAAGAGAAAAUGGCGAGGCCAUCAACAUAAGUUGCAUACUAAGCACACUGGUGGCAGAGCAGAUGCCAUUGGAGAUUGAGCAAAAAGAUGGUCAUUAUGAUCAAACAUUUAAGUCAUACAUCAAAAUAAUUUUUAUUUUAUUUAUUUUUUAUUUUUUAUAAUCCUGCAAUCUAUAAUAAAGUGCCUAAUGUUACAUGAAGAACAACUCCUCACCAAGCAAAGUUCAUGUAAGGAAAAGUUCUACAUUCAAAAUAAAGACCCGUUUCCCUCCCGUUCCGUGGCAAUUUAUUAUUGUAUAUAAGUGUGAGCUGCAGCUCUGAAUCCAUGCGUAAGCUAGGAUGCUAAGAAGUCAGAGAUAAAAGCCAUGAUAUCAUAGACAACUUAAAUGCACAAGUUUUUCUCAAAUGUCAACCACGUAAAUAUGCUUCAUACCUCAGAUUAGAAACAUGGUCAUAGAUUUCUUGUUUCGCUUGUAGAGUCACCAACUGUGGUUCAAGUCAUUCCCAAUCGCUUCUAUAAGUUGCAAACUACAAGAAGCUGGGACUACCUUCAACUGUCUUCACAUUCGCCAAAAAAUCUCCUGCACAAAUCCAAAAUGGGUGACAGCGUCAUCAUUGGUCUCCUUGAUACAGGGAUAUGGCCAGAGGCUGAAGUUUUCAGAGAUGAAGGUCUAGGGCCAGUCCCUACGCGAUGGAGGGGUGUUUGUGAGUCAGGAGAGCUGUUCAAUGCAAGGAAGGCCUGCAAUAGAAAGCUAAUUGGAGCUCGUUAUUUCAUCAAGGGACUGCUAGCUGAGUCUGGACAGCCAUACAACACUACUGAGUACAAGGACUACUUGUCUCCCAGAGAUUCAUCUGGACAUGGCACAGCCACAUCUACAAUUGCAUGUGGCUUCUUUGUGGCGAAUGUGAGCUACAAGGGGCUUGGUAUUGGAACAGUGAGGGGUGGUGCACCCCUGGCUAGGCUGGCUAUGUAUAAAGUCUGCUGGAAGCUGUAUGGAGGAGUAUGUGCAACUGCUGACAUUCUGAAAGCAUUUGACAAAGCCAUACACGAUGGGGUAGAUGUGCUAUCACUGUCCAUUGCCCCUGAUAUUCCCUUGUUUUCUGAUGUUGACGCACGUAGUGGGAUCUCCAUUGGUGCCUUCCAUGCUAUGGCAAAGGGGAUCAGUGUUGUGUGUUCGGCUGGAAAUGCAGGCCCAAGUGCUCAAACGAUACAGAACACAGCACCAUGGGUCUUAACUGUUGCAGCAAGCACUGCUGACCGGUCAUUCCCUACACCCAUCACGCUUGGAAAUAACUGGACUACAAUGGGUCAAGCCAUGUUUACAGGAGAGAAAAUGGGGUUCAUCAAUCUAGUCUACCAUGACGUCUCGGAAGUUCUAUCUCCUCGUUACUGCGAAUCUCUCUCACCGAGUGAUACUUGGUCAGCCAGAACUGUUGUCCUCUGCUUCACUUCAGAUUCUGAUGAGAGUGCAGUAGAGGCUGCUGCAUUGUCUGUCAAAGAGAUUGGUUGUUUGGGACUAAUUAUCGCCAAAAAUCCCAGUAGGUCCCUGUAUUCAUGCGAUGAUGACUUCCCGUGUGUUCAAGUAAGCUACGAAAUUGGCACGCAGAUACUCUACUACAUUCGCUCUACCAGGAAUCCACAGGUCAGGAUUAGGCCUACCAAAACACAUGUUGGCAGACCUGUGUCGACCAACGUGGCAUACUUCUCAUCUCGAGGGCCUAGUUCCAUUGCUCCAGCAAUACUGAAGCCAGACGUAGCGGCCCCGGGUGUCCACAUACUAUCAGCAGUUCCGCCUCUUAACCCUGCAAUUGCAUUCGACUUUGAAUCAGGAACAUCCAUGGCAGCUCCCCAUGUCUCUGGCAUUGUUGCAUUGCUCAAAUCAUUGCACUCAGAUUGGUCCCCUGCGGCUAUUCAAUCUGCAAUUGUCACCACAGGUACUUUAUGUUACACGUACAUUUCCUUCGCAGUAGCACAAAGUUCUUUGCCUAUUCAUUCUUUCAUAUUGUGUCUAAUUUAUAUGGUAUCACGAUCUGCAGCAUGGAAUACUGAUCCAUCUGGUGAACCAAUAUAUGCAGAAGGGGAGCCAAUCAAACUUGCGGAUCCAUUUGAUUAUGGAGGUGGAAUUGUUGAUGCGAAUGGUGCAGCAGAUCCUGGUCUUGUCUAUGACAUGGGGACAGCAGAUUAUAUUCAAUACCUCUGCGCCAUGGGUUAUAAAAACUCUGCCAUUUCCCAGCUUAUAGAACAUCCCACAUUCUGCCCCAUAAAACAGCCCUCUAUUCUGGACAUAAACCUCCCUUCUAUAACCAUCCCAGCCCUUAGAAACUCGACAACUCUCACCAGAACUAUCACAAAUGUGGGCGCUGUCAACUCAAGAUAUGUGGCUGUUGUUGAGCCCCCUCUUGGCAUAACCAUAGCAGUAAAACCUCAUAUGCUGACCUUCAACUCUGUUAUCAAGACCAUCUCCUUCACUGUUACUGUUUCCUCUUCUCACAAAGUGACCACAGGAUACUCAUUCGGAAGCUUGACUUGGACUGACGGGGUUCAUAGCGUAAGAAGUCCAAUAUCCGUGAGAACUGAGAUCACAGAAUCUUAUGAUUGAUAAGAUAUUGUCAUGCUAAAAUGUAUAAAAUAAUAUUGGUGGCAAGCUCUUAACAUUUUAAGUCAUGCUAUGAAUACAAGACUGACUAAGAAAAUACAAUUUUCAAGAAAAGGCAAGAUAUGCCUCAUUACCACGACUUUGGCUUCUAGUGAAAAAAAAAAAAUCAUUAGAGAUCCAACUAUGCAAUGUAAAAAUAAAAAGACAAGAUCAAUUCCGGAGAAAAAAUAGCUAAAAUUCUCUUCCAAUUUUGCAAUUUUCACCGUCUCGAGAGUGUACGCCAAUCUCCAUUGCUAAUACCCCCACCCCACCAAAAAAUAAAAAAAGAUAAGAUAGAAAUGAUCUAAGAUACAGGAGAACAGAAGGAAAGGGAGAUAUCUGAGCUAGCUCAUUCAUAUACAGAUUCAUUGUAAUUACAAGUUGUUAAAUCCAGUCCCUAUGUGAUGUAUCUCAUUUUACAAUAACUAAUCACCCUCAGAAAACGUGUUCA